GCCCCUUGUCGCUUGGCACUGCGCAUGUCAGCGAGGAAGUUUACAUUCGGUGUUUCCUAAUACUUAUCGUACUAGAAUGUGAUUAUGACUAAAACCUUUACUGCUUCAGCCAUGGGACUUUUUGGCAAAACGAACGAAAGACCUCCAAAAGAAAUGGUACAGGAAUGGACUCAUAAAAUUCGGAAGGAAGGCUACAGCUUAGACAGGCAGAUUCGAAAUAUCCAAAGAGAGGAAGAAAAGACAAAGCGAAUGUUGAAGGAUGCGGCAAAGAAGGGUGAUAAGGACACAUGUAGAAUCUUGGCCAAGGAAAUUGUCCAUGCCCGGAAGGCAAUCAGUCGGAUAUAUGCAUCAAAAGCCCACCUGAAUUCUGUUCAGCUUAGUAUGAAGCAGCAGCUGGCCAAUCUACGCAUAUCAGGUGCCCUGGAAAAGAGUACACAGGUGAUGGUCAGCAUGCAGCAGCUGCUAAAAGUCCCUGAGAUCAUGGCCACCAUGAGAGAAAUGUCCAAAGAAAUGGCAAAGGCUGGUAUCUUAGAAGAGAUGGUUGAUGAUGCAAUGGAGUCUGUUAAUGAUGAUGAAGAGUUGGAAGAAGCUGCUGAGGGAGAGGUGGACAAAGUGCUCUGGGAACUUACAGCUGGUGAGCUGGGCAAGGCACCUGCAGCUGUGGAGGAUUCUUUACCAGCCAUUGGAGCAACUGCAGGCACAUCCCAGGUGGCAGAAGAAGAUGAUGAGGAAGAUCUAGAGUCAAUGAAAGCACGGUUGGAGGCUCUGCGGAGCUGAAAGCUCAUCUCCAACUUUGGGUUUUAGGCCCACAAAUUCAUGUGACAGUCAGAUUUUCACCUCAUUGCUUAGGUGCCUACAGUGUGAACGAUAAGGAAUGAGUGCAUUUCAAUUCAUGAAUUUGGCAGCGCUUGUGCCAUCAUAGAUCUCAGAUGAUAAUGCUGUAUCUUUUUUUAAUCCUAAGGCACUGUAGACAUCUGUUUCUUGAUUUCCAUGGCUAAGCCUACCUGCAAAUUGUAAGGUUUAAAGGGAAACAUAAUUUCAACUGUUUCACAAACUGAAUUUAUGCAUAUUUCAAAAAGUGGCCUCUAGCUGUUUCUGCAUGAAUUAAGUUUUUAAAGAGACUAUAAUGUUGAUGUGUGAUUACAUUUGUAUUUCUCAGUUUGAACAUGUAGGCUGUGACUAUUUCAAUAGUCCCCAUUCACCAUAACAAUAAUAAUUGAAGGUAAAAUUUUUUAGAAGUGUCUUGUUCAUCCCUUGCAAUAAAUUUUGGCACUGGGUGAAAACAUGAGUAUGAUUUUUCCUUCCCUCAUGUUGAGGAUAUCGAACAAGUUUGAAGCCAACAAGAGUUUCAUGCUCAAAAGAAUGUCAAUUUUCCGAGUAACUUUUUCUGCUCUGUUCCAUAGCUUAACUAGAUUUACUAUUUCCCUAUAUCUCGCUUUUUUAAAACCUCCCAAACCCAUUCCACACCCGUAAAAAACAAAGGUUUUUGCAGUUUAUGAAGGAUUGUGAUAUCUUAUUGCCAGGUUAUAUCAAACAUCAUAAAAAACCCCAGUAAUAAUCCAGUGUUUGAUGUCAUUUGAGACAACAAUUAAUGCUAACAGCAAAUUAAUGUGCAGCUAAGAGGCAUUUUAACAGUGAUCAGUGUCCCUUAUAUUAACUAUCUGAAGAAAGCUACGAUAGUUGGGUAUAGAAACUCAUGACAAGGUGCUAUGCAGAAGUUCUCACCUCUGAUUUGAUAGCUACCAAGGUUGAAGAUCAUUUACAACCACACAGUUGUUGGAGAGGGAUAUUUUUUGAGACCACACUUUUUUUAAGGCCAGGGUUUUGCUUUUUGCUCUCCCUUACUCUUAUACCUUCUAAAACCCUGUAUAGUCAGGUACCCAGUCCCAAAACCUGGGCUGACUGGGGAUGGUUUGCUGCAUGACACAGGUAUCAAAUCACUGCAUCUAUGGAUGUGGACAAUUGUGCUGUCAGUGUCCAGCUAUCAAGAUUAUCAUUAGGAAUACAAAUAUCAACACACCGCUUCAAAGUAAUCCAUGAGAAUAUAUAAUAUCCAUGCACUGCAUGAGGUCAUGACAAAUAAAAUUUGGGAAGAAAAUGGUUGAGCUGAGAGCAAAUGAAGAUAGGACACCACCAAAAUACAAAGGCAUAUUAUAUUGUUAUUGAACUUGAAUUAAAAGUAAUGAAGAUAA